AUGUCCAAAUACGACCUUGCCCUCGAGCGCAUCGACGCCGCCCAUAAAGAUGACCCCACCACCAUCAUAAUUAACACCACCACCCUCCCCUACGAACUCCACUACGCUCAACAAAUGACCCUCUACCUCGAGCGUCUAGACCCUAACGCCUCGGAACUUCUGCGCCUCGCCAUCCGCGCCCAACAUCUCCGCCGCUGGGAAAUCCCUCGCAGCUCCUACCCCGCCACUAAGAUCGGGUACCACUCCUGGCGCGGGGCACUACAAAGAGCACAAGCUGCGCUGGCAGAGAAGAUCUGUGUUGAAAGUGGAUAUACAGAGGCAGAGGCGGCACGUGUGGGCGCAAUGGUUCGCAAGGCGGAUUUGAAGAAGGGAGAUCCGGAUACACAGACACUGGAGGAUGUGGCUUGUUUGGUAUUUUUGGAUGAUCAGUUUGAUAAGUUUGAGAAGGAUCUUGGCGAUGAGGAUAAGAUUGUGGAUAUUUUGAGGAAGACUUGGGGGAAGAUGUCUGAGGCUGGGAGGAAUGAGGCGUUGAAUAUUAAGUUGUCGGAACGGGGGAGUGCGUUGGUACAGAAGGCUUUGGCUGGUUAA